AUGCCGCAGCUCAGACGGGCCAGGCCUAGCCUGAGCCUCAGAUCGCUUCGAAACAGAUUUCUUGCCAGUGAAACUGCGCCACCGCCGAAAUCGCUGGAUGCGGAGGUUAAAGACAACGAGACCACAGAACAUGAAAUCGAGAUACCCUUGAAUGCCACCGACUCUUCUGCCGACUCCACCUACGUCAACGUAGAAACCGUCAAGAUGGAUUGUCCCGUCUGUCACGAACAUCUCAAGGAAAGCACGAGCGUCAAUUGCGCAAACUGCGUGAACAACCUGCUCUACAACAGCCGCUUCGACCUGGCCAGAGUCCUGCUCGAGAAAGAGUCCCUCGGAAAGAAAGUAGAAGCCAUCGUCGGACCCGAGCCUGAGCAACCUCUUGAUGAAGAAACUGCGAGACUCAGGAAGGCCUGGCAGAGACAGCAGGAAAAGAUAGAAGAACAGCGGGUCAAGGAGCAAGAAGAAGAUAUACGGCGCGAACUCCUCAUUAAGCAGAAGGAACUACAAGAGAAGAAAGUCCACGCCCAGGCCCUGAGAAAGAACUUAGAAGAACAAAGAGCCAAUCUCGCCGCCGCAAAACAAGCCCAGGCCAGGAAUCACAAGAAGAAGCUCGCGGAACUCAAAGAGAACGGUGAGAAACUGAAGGCACAAUAUGACGCUCUUCAUGAAAAGAUUAUCGACACUCGAGCCAUUCUCUGCCGCGAAGCCGCCAGUCUCUUGAGGCUUCAUCACUCCCACAGGAAGACCAAAGACGGUACAAUCAAGGAUCGCCACUAUAUUGCGGGUCUCUUGUUGCCAGACUUGAAGGAGAUCAACAAUAUGCGAUGUACCGAACUCACGGCGGCACUUGGGAAUGUCACUCGACUCGUUUUCCUCUGCUCCUUUUACCUUGGUAUCAGACUCCCUGCAGAAAUCACUGUGCCUCACCGAGACUACCCUCUCGCGACCAUCAACACUCCGCUCACCUCGUACCUGGGACAACGCAUCACGUUCCCCGGCAGCGGGUCGAGCCUCUCUGCGCCCAGCAGUCCCUCCGCAUCUCGAAUGGAUCUUAGCUCGUCUCCCAAACCUCGCCCACUCUACAUCGGCUCCGAUGACUACAACGAAUCUGUUGCCCAGUUCGCCAAGAAGGAACCUCUGGCCUUCAACUACUUCAUCGAAGGCGUCUCUCUCCUGGCUUGGGAUGUUGCGUGGCUAUCUCGCACUCAAGGCUUCGUUGCAGGCACCGACACGUGGGAGGAUAUUUGUGACAUGGGUCGCAUCCUGUUCCAAAUGACCUUGGCUCCUGCACAAUCUAGCGCACUACCUCGAGUCAUCACCCAGCGCAACGCUCACAACCGCCACCGCCGCUCCCAGAGCACGUCGUCACCAGUCAUCGAUGACAAGGAAAGCGCGUUCCCUGCACGUCUUGGCUCAUACUCUCACAACUCAGCUCACACAUUCCUUGGGUCUGCUGCUGCAGCUGGAGAUAACCCAUCCCGCCACUGGCGCGUCAGUCGAUACUCCAUGAUCUCCGACCCCUUGAAGAAGCAUCUCAUCACUGAGAUGAACAACGCUGAAUGGGAGUUGUUGGAUCAACAGGAGUGGAACGAUGGUGGGGAGAAGAUGGACGAAGCUGUCUUUAUCAAAACGAGGCCGAUGGACGGGAAGGAAUAUGAUGAUGCUAGAAGCAUCAUGGCCCCCGGUGGGGAGGAGGACGGCGCCCGGGCCAAGGGCAAGAGUGGCUGGACCAAACUCAAGAACAGAGAAAAGGAAUAG